GGUGGCGGGCUUGGUAGAAAACCGGGUUCUCCUAGUUUCAUGUGUUCGAAAAUAAAACUCGGAACUCGGCAUAUUCCUCUUCUUUCUACCAAACUCCUCACCUGAUUCACGCUACAUUCUUCUCUCCAUACUCCCAUCGCUCUUCGCUCUGUAAACUCUCUUUCGACGACUUCUGAGAUUUCUUGACGUUUAUCAGUCAAAAUGCAUUCCAAUCACUUGCUUCUCGAAGAACCUAUCAGAAUGGCAUCCAUCCUCGAGCCUUCUAAAGCUUCUUUCUUCCCCGCGAUGACUAAAAUCGUUGGAACUUUAGGUCCUCGCUCACGAUCUGUGGAUGUUAUCUCUGGUUGCCUCAAAGCUGGCAUGUCUGUUGCUAGAUUUGAUUUUUCAUGGGGAGACUGUGCUUAUCACCAAGAAACUUUGGAUAAUCUAAAGACUGCUAUCAAGAGCACUAAGAAGCUUUGUGCAGUAAUGCUCGAUACAGUUGGGGCUGAGAUGCAGGUGGUUAAUAAGAGUGAGAAGUCCAUUUCCCUUCAGCAGGAUGAUAAUGUUAUCUUGACCCCUGAUAAAGGUCAAGAAGCUUCUUCUCAAGUACUACCAAUCAACUUCAAUGGACUAGCUAAGGCUGUGAAGAAGGGAGACACCAUUUUUAUUGGUCAAUACUUGUUCACUGGAAGUGAAACAACCUCUGUUUGGCUAGAAGUUGAUAAAGUGGAAGGGGAUGAUGUUAAUUGCAAGAUCAAAAACACUGCAACUCUAGCAGGGGCAUUGUUCACUCUCCAUGCUUCUCAAAUUCAUAUUGAUCUGCCUACUCUCACUGAAAAAGAUAAAGAGAACAUUAGCGCUUGGGGGGUUCCAAACAAGAUUGACUUUCUCUCAUUGUCAUACACACGCCAUGCACAAGAUGUUCGUGAAGCACGUGAAUAUCUUUCCAAGCUUGGUGAUCUUAGUCAAACUCAAAUAUUUGCAAAAAUUGAAAAUAUAGAGGGUCUAACUCACUUUGAUGAGAUCCUACAAGAGGCAGAUGGUAUUAUCCUUUCUCGUGGAAAUCUUGGGAUUGAUCUUCCACCAGAGAAGGUGUUUUUAUUUCAGAAGACUGCUCUUUACAAGUGCAACAUGGCUGGAAAACCUGCUGUGGUUACUCGUGUUGUGGAUAGCAUGACCGACAAUUUAAGACCUACUCGUGCUGAAGCAACCGAUGUUGCUAAUGCUGUUCUAGAUGGAAGUGACGCAAUUCUCCUUGGUGCGGAGACUCUGCGUGGGUUAUACCCUGUUGAGACAAUAUCCACUGUUGGUAAAAUUUGUGCAGAGGCAGAAAAGGUUUUCAACCAAGAUUUAUAUUUCAAGAAAACAGUGAAAUAUGUCGGAGAACCAAUGUCUCACUUGGAAGCAAUUGCUUCAUCUGCAGUUCGUGCAGCCAUUAAAGUGAAAGCAUCUGUUAUUAUUUGUUUCACUUCUUCCGGAAGAGCUGCAAGAUUGAUCGCAAAGUAUCGACCAACAAUGCCGGUUUUAUCAGUUGUGAUUCCACGGCUAAAAAGUAAUCAGUUAAAGUGGAGUUUCAGUGGGGCAUUUGAGGCAAGGCAGUCGCUUAUUGUCAGAGGUCUUUUCCCCAUGCUUGCUGAUCCCCGACAUCCCGCUGAAUCCAAUAGUGCCACAAAUGAAUCGGUUCUAAAGGUUGCAUUGGAUUUUGGGAAAACGUCUGGAGUGAUUAAGUCACAUGAUCGAGUUGUGGUUUGCCAAAAGGUUGGAGAUGCUUCUGUUGUUAAAAUCAUAGAGCUUGAAGAUUAGAAAUUGGGUUUUGGUACAUCUUUCACUUGACGUGGUAUUCUUUUUUCAGUUUUUUGAAAACUUGUAUGUUAUAUUUAUAAAUGUUCCGCUGUGGGACAAAUUUUGGUUUGGUUUUACGAUAUAAAGAUACAACGAUUAUUCAUUUACCUUUAUAUCUCAAUAGCUUUAUCAAGAAUAGAAUAAAAAGGGCUUUAGUUUUGUUUUUA